AUGGAAGAUCAGCAAGAAUUUUUCGGAAAGGUUACACAGGUGCUUGGGAGAACUGGAGGAUCUGGGCUACUGACCCAGGUGAAGAUGGAGCUUAUCCAUAACAAGAGAAUGAUCCAGAGGGCGAUCAAGGGGCCGAUAAGCGAGGGGGACUUUGUCGAGAUAUUAGAGUGUGAGCGUGAGCAUCGAAGAACAAGGUAG